AAUUAAAUACCUCAUUCAUUCAACUUCUGAAGAUAGCAUUUUUUGCACACAUCAAUCAUUUAUAAAUCACACUUGAAAUAACUUGAAAUAUUAUCCCAUUGCAUAAAAAUGUUCUUGCAGGAAUAAAAAAGAAAAUAUUGAUUUAUGUGUGGUAAUAUCUUUACUUUUAGAAAGUACAGAAAAAAGAAACCACUAACCAGUUGAUGAGCCAGUUUGUUUGCUUGGUUUUGUUUGCGUCUUGCAACAUUUUGUCCUGACUCAUUUUUGGGAACAAAUAUACUCAACAUUGCAUAAAACCCAGUGCGUAAUCAAAACCAGAGGGAAUUGUGCUGUGCCCUUCAGUGCUUUAAAGAUGAACUUGUGGAUACUCCUGACUUUCACUGCACUGGCUGAAUGCCGUUACCAAAAAAGAGGCGCCUACUCAUGCCCAGAUCUGUGCUCCUGUUCCUUUCCACCUUCAACUACAGAGGUGGUGUGCAGCCAAAGUUCCCUUAAUCAUUUUCCUGUAAGUGGUUUACCCUCCAACACCACUCAACUAUCCAUCCAGUCCAAUAACCUCAGCAGUAUUACAGCCAGUCAUUUGAGUGCUGUGCCCCUAUUAAAUCACCUCCAGCUGUAUUACAACAACCUGACAAGCCUUCCUUCAGAUCUACUGAAGGACGUUCCUCACUUGAACACGUUGGAUCUGACGGGUAAUCAGCUGGUUAAUCUCCCUCCAAAUGUCUUCAGCCAUGCCUCACUUCAUAGUCUUGUUCUGAAGAAUAAUCUGAUUGAAAAAGCUGAUGCUGAGUGGUUUCCUGACAACAGUAACCUGACCUGGCUGGACUUGUCUGGAAACCGUUUAACAGAUGUACCUGCUGCUCUGCUUCAGAAGCUGCCCAAUCUGGAGAUUCUAGACUUGAGUGACAACAAUCUGCAAGACCUACAACCUGAUGCCCUGAAGAACCUGCACCGCCUGCAGUCACUGAAUCUCGCUGGUAACAAAUUAAGCUCCCUGAAACCUACAAUCUUCAGCCACAACCUGAAACUAUCCCAACUGUUAUUGCAGGAGAAUCAGCUCCAAGAGUUACCAGCGGCCCUUCUCCAGGGUCUCCAACAUCUUGAACUUCUGCUGCUCAAUCAGAAUCAGCUGCAGCAUUUCCCCUCAGGGCUGCUGGAUGAGAAAAAAUCCUCUUUCCAGAUGAUCUUAACAGGAAACCCCUGGGUGUGCGAUGAGAAGAUGGAGUAUCUGUGGAAGUGGCUCACUGUCCAUCCUCAAAAUGUUGUCUUUUUGGAGGAGGUGAUGUGUGCAGGGCCUGAAGCUCUUAAACAUAGACAAGUGGCCUCUUUAACUGAAAGUGAGCUUGGACUUAACAAGAUUCAAAAUUAAUGAUGAGGAGGUGGUAAAAAAAAGUGGUUAUUUUGCCAUUACCCUCUAUAUUUCACAAAAAUCUUAUACCACAUUGUAAAUUAUUCACAUAUAUUCCACUGUAUCAAAGGCUGAAAUAAAACUUUAUGAUUAA